GCCGAGCAGCCCAUCCUGGAAGUGUUGCCACACUAAAAGUCAUAAAAGAAACAACUCUUGACUUUUAGCCGCCCGACUGACCUAUUUAAAGAUUUUAUUUUUAAGAAAAUACAAACAUGUCUGAGACGGGAUACGGUGACACUUCAGAACGUGAAAGCCUCUCCUGCUCGGCCAGGCAAUAUGGGUCCACAGACAGCAGCGGCGAGCACGACAACCCCGCCGCCAACCACUGCAACAACCAUAGCAACCACGGGUUUCCCGCCGCGACAGCUGGGCACUGGGUCGGCGCCGACCAAGGGGAAGAGGCCAUCCGCAGGAAGUUGAAGUACUUCUUCAUGAGCCCCUGCGAUAAAUACCACGCCAAGGGCCGGAAGCCUUACAAGCUGAUCCUGCAGCUGCUCAAGAUCAUCAUCGUCACCGCUCAGUUGGUACUGUUUGGCCUCAGUAACCAGGUGGUGGUGAUGUUCAAGGAGGAGAACACCAUGACUUUUAAGCACCUAUUCCUCAAAGACUUCGAUGACUCCUCCGACAGCGAUUUGUCCGUGUACACACAACAAGAUGUUUACGAACACAUCUUCUAUUCCGUCGAGCAGUAUCUGGCGCUACCGGAGACCACGGUGGGCCGCUAUGCGUACGUCUACGGCAUUGGCGUGAACGGCAGCGCGCUGUCACUUUGCCAGCAGUACUACAAGAGGGGCCGUAUCGACCCGGCCAACGACACCUUCAAUAUCGACCCGCAAGUCAUCACAGCCUGUGUCGGAGUGAACCCUCAGACGGCCCCCCCCUCCUCGCUGGCCGACUCCUACAAGAACUUUACACUCAAGUUCCACAAGUUCAUCAAUGUGACCAUAGAGUUCCAGCUGAAGGCCAUCAAUCUGCAGACCAUCAUCAACAAUGAGAUCCCCGACUGCUACACAUUUAACAUAAAGAUCGUGCUGGACAACAAGGCUCACAGCGGCAAAGUGAAGAUACGACUAGAGAACGAGGUCUCCAUCAAGGAGUGCAAAGACACCAGCGUCUCUGGACAGGCUGAGAAUUACACUCGCUUGGCGUUCGAUGUGGCCGUGGCUCUGGUGUGCACGCUGUCCUUACUGCUGUGCGGACGCUCCAUCCUGCGAGGCGUCAUAUUGCAGCAGGAGUUUGUGCAGUUCUUUAAGGACGAUUUGGAUCGCAAAGUGUGCUGGGCUGACCGCAUGGAGUUCAUCAACGGGUGGUACAUCCUCCUUAUUGUCAGCGACAUCCUCACCAUCACCGGAAGUUUCAUCAAAAUUGGCAUCGAAUCGAAGAACAUGUCCUCCUAUGAUCUAUGUGGCAUCCUGUUAGGGACUUCCACCCUCCUGGUUUGGGUGGGGGUCAUUCGCUACCUCACCUUCUUCCAGAAGUACAACAUCCUGAUUGUGACUCUUCGAGCAGCCUUUCCUAAUGUCAUCCGCUUCUGCUGCUGCGUGGCCGUCAUCUACCUGGGCUACUGCUUCUGUGGUUGGAUCGUCCUGGGACCAUACCAUGUCAAGUUCCGCUCCCUGUCCAUGGUGUCGGAAUGCCUCUUCUCCCUCAUCAACGGUGACGACAUGUUUGUGACCUUCUCGGGAAUGCAGGAGAGCAGCCCGCUGGUGUGGCUGUUCAGCCAGGUGUACCUGUACUCCUUCAUCUCCCUCUUCAUCUACAUGGUGCUGUCGCUCUUCAUCGCCCUCAUUACAGGAGCCUACGAGACCAUUAAGCACCAAACCCAGGAGCCCAUCCACAUCACAGACCUGCACGCCUUCAUAGCAGAGUGCACGGACGCACCAAGUUCUGGAAAGUUCCGGGGCCUGGAGACCUCGCCGUGCUCCUUUUUCUGCUGCUGUGACAGAACAACAACAUAUGAGGACGUCCUGCUGGUGAACUAAGGUUGAACUCCGUAAACCCAGAAUGCGUCUCAAGCGCCGCCCCCUGCUGGCCAAAGGGAUGCACUGCACUGCACUGCUCGCGGUCUGUGCCCCCCCACCCUCCUUUCUCUUUGGAACGAGCUUUGUUAUUCAGCACUUGACUGAAAGUGGAGUCGUCCAUCAACCGCAGCAGCAUUCUGAUGAAGGAAUGUGAGUUUCUUAUUUUGUUCCUGCAGCCCGACGAACUCGCCAGGAAGAACUGAAGAAAGCAGUGAGUUGCUUUUAAGCGCACAUAUUUAUGCCACUGGACCCUUUUUGAUUCAGCUCAGUGUUUUUAUCAUCGCACAGGAUUUAUGUUUAGUUUAUUUAGUUUAUAAAAAAAAAAAAAUAACACGUGAAAUAUGGUGGCCUGACCGUGGCCUCGGUACCUGUGAGGGCUUCUUACAUUUUCAGGCCACAGUCAGCACCCGGACGGACACAAGCUGAACAUCCAUGAUGGUGCGGACUAUUUUGCAUUUGUUUUGGAUUUCAAGUCAAGGACUUGUGGUCAUCUUGGGGCAAUCUGGACUGUUUGGUCAGAUUGAAUGCCCUGAGAUGACAAAGACCUGGAUGAAUGAAAACCUUCAUAGACACUAGUGGUCACUAUUGGUCAUUAGGACUUUUUAGUCACUUUAAUUUAGUUCUGUUUUUUUUUAGGUUAUAGCUUAAAAAAAAUAUUGAGCAGAGUAAACAUCUUUAGGUUCACCACAAAUAGGUCAACUAACAAAAUGUGAGCAUGCUCUGAUAUGUUUUUAGUAGAGAUGUCCGAUAAUAUCGGACUGCCGAUAUUAUCGGCCGAUAAAUGCUUUAAAAUGUGAUAUCGGAAAUGAUCGGUAUCGGUUUCAAAAAGUAAAAUAUAUGACUUUUUAAAAUGCCGCUGUGUACACGGACGUAGGGAGAAGUACAGAGCGCCAAUAAACCUUAAAGGCACUGCCUUUGCGUGCCGGCCCAAUCACAUAAUAUCUACGGCUUUUCACACACACAAGUGAAUGGUCAACAGCCAUACAGGUCACACUGAGGGUGACCGUAUAAACAACUUUAACACUGGUACAAAUAUGCGCCACACUGUGAACCCACACCAAACAAGAAUGACAAACACAUUUCGGGAGAACAUCCGCACCGCAACACAACAUAAACACAACAGAACAAAUACCCAGAACCCCUUGCAGCACUAACUCUUCCGGGACGCUACAAUAUACUCGCUACUCCCUAAACCCCCCCCCCCCACCACCACCACCACCACCCCACCCACCUCAACCCCGCCCACCUCAACCUCAUGCUCUCUCAGGGAGAGCAUGUCCCAAAUUCCAAGCUGCUGUUUUGAGGCAUGUUAAAAAAAAUAAUGCACUUUGUGACUUCAAUAAUAAAUAUGGCAGUGCCAUGUUGGCAUUUUUUUCCAUAACUUGAGUUGAUUUAUUUUGGAAAACCUUGUUACAUUGUUUAAUGCAUCCAGCGGUGCAUCACAACAAAAUUAAGCAUAAUAAUGUGUUAAUUCCACGACUGUAUAUAUCGGUAUCGGUUGAUAUCGUAAUCGGUAAUUAAGAGUUGGACAAUAUCGGAUAUCGGCAAAAAAGCCAUUAUCGGACAUCUCUAGUUUUUAGUAUUCUUUUUUUUAUUUUUGUGCUCAUUUUAGGUUUUAUAUAAUUUUAGUUUUUAAAUUGCAUGAAACGCACAAUUGUAUUUUCUUCUCAUUUUCGAAGAACAUUUUUAAUUUUUUUUAUUUGUAUUUUACAAGACAGGAAUGACUUUUUAAUGUCUGUAGAAGGCAAAACUGGUGUGAAAUGUACCCUUAAUAUGAUAUACGAGUGUGUGUGUGUAUAGAAUUAUUGUAUGUGCCCUACACAAAGUGUAAAUAUGUGUUUACAAAUAUCCUGCACUUGAUCAGUACUUGACAAAAUGUAAAAAAAAAGACAUUUUAAAUAUUUGUACACAAUCAGCUCUAUUUAAAUGUCCUGCAUGCUUUGAAAGCAUAUUACGCAAAGUUCAUGUUCCAUAGGAAUAUGAACAAGAAUAUGUGGUAAUAAACAGCACAUUAGAUAAUUUUUUAUAUCAACAAGGAUUCUAACUUGUUUCUAUAAAAAAAAAAAAAGAAGAAUAACUUGCAGGUUCAAUUUAAAAACGAAAAUUGUUUUUUGCAAAUUCAGUUUAAUUUCAGUGUUUAUUUACUUUUGGCUAUUUUUCUUUUCUUUUUUCCCCUCAAAUUAACCCAUGUGCCUGCAUGUACUGUAGCGUCACAGUUCAUCGUGUAAAAUAUGUUACAUAGUGUUUGUUCUCCACUGUAAUGUCUUUAUUACCCAUCCAUUUUCUAUACCGCUUACCUAGGGUCUCAAGUAAGCUGGAGCCUAUACCAGCUGAGUUAGGUCGAGAGGCGGUGCCUUUAUUAUAAUCGGUCCCAAAUAUUACUUUUUCAACCAGGGAAACCAAAAAAAAGAAAAAAAACACAUAAAGAUGUUUUUUUUAUUUUUUAUUACAUUGACUAACAGUAAUUUAAUCCAUCAUUUGAAUCACAAAAACACAAAUGCUAAUUAGACUGAUAAAUAAAUUCCUAAAACAGUAAAACUAAAUUGCAUUAACUACUUUGGUUGAGGCAAAUUUUAUCGCAGGAUGUUUUCUAAAUGAACUGAAAUGUUUGCUCAUUUCCAGCAAAAUGCUCUCAAAUCCUGGUAAUUCACAUCCAUUACUGUUGAAAAUGUUAUAGAAAGCUCCAUUUGCUACCUUUUACAACGAUGUAGAAUGUUAUUUGCAAUCCACAAUCAUGCCCUCACAGAUAUGUUUUAAUAUUGUGAACAUUUUGUAUAAAAAUAAAACAUUAAUUUAUAUAUA